AUGCGUAGGAAGCUCUUGCGCGGCGGUGCUCGGGAUUCUCCGUUGCGGAUUAGCUUUGAAACCGAAGUCGGAUUGUCAGAUUCAUCCUUCAACCAGGGCUACUAUGCUCGGUUUUUUAGGGAGGGCAAGCGACUGGGGCAUGGACUUCGUGGCACCGUCUUCAUUUGGUUAGUCGAUAGCCCCUGCUUAUUUCAGUCAGCACGUGCUGGACGAUGUGGAGCUUGGCAUGUACGCAGUGAAGAAGAUCCCAAUCGGUAUUCGCUGUUGAGUAAUCAAAGGGAACAACCACCGCUGGCUCGUGGCUAUGCUCAACGAGGUCAAUGCGUUGGAAAGGCUUUGCCAUCCAAACAUUGUCUCGUACAAGCACACAUGGAUCGAAUAUCAUCAAGCCAUUUGGCUAACCAUGUAGGCCCUGAAGUCCCCUCGCUUUUCAUGCUAAUGGAGCUGGCAACGGGCGGAUCCAUCGAGGACUGGCUUGUCAAAGUGAACUCCAAUCAAAAUCGCGAGGCAAAGGGAAAAGAACCCGCUCCAAGGCUCGAUUCGCGCUUUUUCGAAGUGGCCUCCAGAAUCAUGAUCGAGUUUGCCACCGGACUCGUCUACGUGCAUUCGUGUGGGAUCGUUCAUCACGAUUUGAAGCCCUCAAACCUGUUGCUUCUUGAUGGAUCGUCAUGGCUGCACCCCGGUCGGCUCGUUAUUAGCGACUUUGGUGAAUGCUGCAGCUCCUCCAAUUUCGGGGCCGCCUCUGAUGCGUUCAAGGAAGUCUCGCCAGAAUAUGCGGCGCCCGAGGUUAUCGCCUCGUUUCCAAUUGAGAUCAACGCGUCGUCAAGCCGCGCCUAUAUGGAAGCUGGAGACAUUUGGUCUGCUGGGGUCAUCAUUUUCGAGCUGGUCACGGGGCAGUCGUUUAACUUGGUCCAGUGGGCAAAACACCCUCGACCGCCAAAUGCAAUCUCGUCGAUUUAUUGGGGAGCCAUUUCGCAGUGUCUCUCUCUCGAUCCAAUGGAUCGGCCUUGUGCUACCGAAUUGCUUGCCCAGCUUAUCGCUGCUCGAGGCGAUGGGGUGCUUUUGAGGAAAGGUUCGCCACCGCUGCCUAUUAGAGGGCUCUUAGAAUACAAUAAGAAGCCCCUUCUUUCCAGUAGAGGCCUGUCUUUGGGUUUCUUUGGUGCACUGGCCCUGGGGUCCGCUGCAGUCGCUCUGGCUCUUGUGUACAACUACAUGUUGUGA